AGGUGAAGAAGUAGAUUCAGUUCGACAAAACAGCCCAAGGCAGCACCACUACAGUUCAGAGGAUAAUAUUUGGAUAGAAAUAAUGCCCUACUACGAGGAGGAACGACGCCAUCACCACCAUCAUCAUCAUGGUGGAAGGCCCAUUGUGGAGGUGGACAUUGUGCCGCCGAGGAUCCCGCGUCCUGUGAUCGAGAUCGGAUUGGGCGGUGGUCGCUAUCCCCCACCGCCACCCAUGGUGGAGGUCAUCACCCCAGCUGCCGUCUACCAGCCCCCACCGCCACGCCCCAUUAUCGAGGUCGAUGUGGUGCCACCUAGCCGCCCCUUCAUCGAGUUCAACAUCGGCGGUCGCCGUCCGCCGCCCAGGGAGGAGGUCAUCAUCGUCCAGCAGCCUCCACCGCCCAGGUGGUAGGAGAGGCCCUCUUUUGGAGCAGCUAAAUAGUGUGAACAGCUUAAAAUACUACUUUAAAUUCCCUGAAUAAAUAUUAGAUUUUAUCCUUAAUAUUUUUGAAAAUAAAAACAAAUACAUUUUACAUAUAAAAUAAUUACCAGGAUGAAUUCAUCACUUAAAAAGUCAUUCCUUGAAGUCAAAAAAUGUUUGUAGGUACAAUUAAAUAAAAUACUGUUCACGCUCUCAA